UUCAGUAAACAGCUCAUGUGAUUACUCCUAAAUUCUAUCAAGCUCUUCUGUUUGCCCACAAUGGAUGACCAGGAGAACACUAUAUCUUUGAAAGAUUUUAUUACAUCCUUGUCCAUUUCCUCACUGCCAAGGAUAUUACAGAUUGCCUCUGGUGUCUACCUGCAGAGUUCAGUUUAUGAUAUCAGUGGCACGGAAUGUUCUUUGUCAACCGGGGAUUUGUUAAAAGUUAUGGGAAGGGAGUUGCAGUGUGUUAAUCUUGUGGACAUAAAAACAGGAAAUAGCCAGACACUUCCGAAUAACUAUCAAGGUAUGUUUGAAGUCUAUGUACAUGGUUGCACGUACAGCACUCUUGAGAUGUUACAUGCAGAAUUAUCCAGUGGCGAUCACAUGGUUCCGUAUUGGUUCACCUCCAAGUCUGAUUUCACAGUGGGAAAUCAUGUUAUUUGGCAACAGCUUCCUAUUCACUUUGUGUCAUUUGACAGAUGUACCAGUUGUGCUGAAUGCCAUGUCUAUGAGGGUUCACAUUCAUACUCCAUCACAAUCCCCUCAUCCACACAAGGGCACUUUUAUGAGUAUGAAAAUACAGAGUCAUAUAAACUUGAACAGGUCUUGCAGUCUCCAGCUUUACUGAAACGUUCCUUCAAAUGCAGAAUUAUAGGAACUGGAGUGUACAGGAUAUGUCCAGAAUAUGAAAUUAAAACAAUCAUGAAUAUGAGAAAAGGCUUGGUGAUGAUUCCAUCAAGUCUUGAAGUAGAUGUAAUAGAUAUUACUGACCAGUGUGGAAACAUCACUUUUAUCCAACCACUGUCCUUGGAAGAAGUUUGUGAGCAUGAAAGCAGGUUUCCAGUUGUUGCAGAAAUUCUGGAGAUGGCAGAAUGCACCCAUUUAUUGAAAAAUAACACUUAUUCAGCUCUACACAAAGGGAAAAAAAUUGUUAUCCACAAAAAAACUAUUUCUAAAAAAGUGUUGGCCAAAGCCUGCAAAGGUAAAACCUUUAGGUUUUUUUACAUCCACAAACAAUACCAAGGAAAGUUUCGCCAAAGACCAAGAGAGUUUUCAACAGUUUAUGACCUGUGGACCAAAAUGAUAGAAGGAACAGAGUUAACUGUUGUGGUGACCCAGGAUAGUGAGAGCUUUGAUGAUAACUUCCCAUCUCUUUGCAUUGGUGAUCAUCUACGCACUUUGCAUCAAACCAAAACUGUCUGCUCAAGUCAAAGUGGGUCACAAGAAGUUGAGGUUUUGGUGUGUAUUAAAGAAUCAGCAGAUGAUGAUGAAGAUGAUGAACCAGAAGAAAUCAAGCUUCCUUUGUAUAUGGAAGGACAUUUUGUUGAGGAAGUUAAAAACAACACAAAAUACAACAUUAGUAGUUUAAUAGAAAAACAUAAACUCCCCUGUGAGGUGAAGGUUGUGAAAAAAGACAUGUCUUUACCCAAUGACCCUUUGACUUCUUUUCCUACCCUAACAUUGGAAGAAGUAGUGGACGAACCUGUAUUGUUGGUCAGUUUGUUGGACAAUAUCUCUGAAUGCUUUGAGUUGCCUCUUAAAUACUUUAACAUUUCAGUAGUUUUGCAGGAUGAUUAUGUGCAUUCUACAAGAGAUUUAAUUACUUCAAAUAAAUUAGAAGAACUAAUGGAAUGGUUUUAUUAUUCUUUGAGGAAACAUCUGCCAACCCAACAGCUUCCACCUCCUCGGCCACCGAAAAGACUGGUCAAAACUAAAGAACAUCACCCAUGCAAUAAACCUGUUGAGCCAAAAAGCCCCGUUCAUCUUAAUUUGAAGGAAUCUCCAGACAACCUUGCUAAACCACCAGUGCCACAUCGGAAGGUCUCUUCAGAAAAGAGUAAAACAGCUGGUGAGAUAUGUAAAUUACAGAGGGGUAAUGAGUACAUACCCACACCAAGAAGAAAUACAGUAAAACCAAAAGACAGUGAUAGUGAUGAUGGCUACGAAGACAUAGAGAAACACAUGAAGACUCAAUUAAACAUUGUGACUAAAGUGAACAAGAACUGAAUAAGGUUUUGAGUCAGGCCAAACCACUUCAAAAGCACAAACU